CCCUAGAAUUCCACGCCGUCGAUUCGAGUAUUCGUUCUUCAAGUUUUUUUUGCCUUCCCGGCGCCUCCACCCAAACCCCCAUUCUAUCCCUCCCCAAAACCACCAAGAAAAUCCUUGUGAUCUCGCCUCCAAGAUCGAUCCAUGUCGCUGGAACCGGCCUCACCUUCCGCCGAUUCCGGUGUCACCAGCCUCACCUCCACCGCCAACAAUGUCGCCGUCGUCGUCCGCGGCGGCGACAGCGAUGACAGCGAUGACAGCGACAGCAGCGACGGCGUCGGCUACGACAGCGACGACCUGAUGGACGACAUGAUGGACGACAUCUUCGAGCAGUUCAUCGAGAAGGACGAGCUGCUGGACCGGAUCGGGGCCCGCCUCGUGGCGCCGCUGCUCCCCGCCGCCACCCGGGCGCAGCGGCGGCAGGUCCUGGAGCAGAGGGAGCAGGCGCGCGCGGCGCGGGAGGAGCUCAGGCGCGGCGUGGCGAGGAGCAGGGAGCUGACGAGGAAGAUCAGGAGGCUCAAGAGGAUGGCGAACGCCGACGUCUCCGGCUACCCCGCCGCGCGGCGGGAGGCGCACGAGAGGGAGACGCGGCGGCUCGCCCGGGAGAUCUUCGGCUCGGAUGCCUAGCCUGGUAUACUCUCUCUGAUCUGAUCUGAUGGAUGGAUUGGUUGCAAUUUGCUUUGCUUUGAUUUGGAAAACAGGGAUAUCUUCGGUUCGGAAUUCGGAUGCUAAGUCUGGUAGUAAUACACUAUCUGAUAUCCCAUGGAUGAAUUGGUUGAAAUUUGUUUGCUUUGAUCGGGGAGACAAUGCAAUGCUGUGCUAGUAGAUUAAAGGGUAAAUUAGAUUUUAAAUGGUGCUAGUAGUACUAAUUUGGUGCCGUUUUGAAUGCUGGAAAUUCUCUAGUACUAAUUAGGCGUCGUUUUGAAUGCCGGAGAUUCUCUUGAUUUGUGGUAAAAACUUCUUGUUACCUUCAAAAUUGGGAUGCCACUGUGCUGGACUAUUAUUAAUGCGACUCUACAACCUAGUGUUGGUUGAGCUUUCAUGAUGUAGAUGGGGAUUUCUUUUUUAGUUCUUUGUGGGUAGAAAACUGGUUUAUUUGGGUGAAAUAUAGACAGCAAUUGACCAUCAGAAAACCAACCAAGAGACACUCAAUCUCUCAGGCUCUUACAUGUGCUACGCCCUGGAAGGCUGGAACAUCUUUUCAAAAUUUAGUCUCUUAUAUUUUUUUCUUUCUUUUUGACAUCUGACAAUCCCAAUUUUCUUCACUUCAAAUUUACAAAAAGAAUAAAAAAAGACAGGCUUAUGUGAAAAUCUUGUGUUCCAAUUCCGAACAGGGUGUUAUAUAUGCUGUGUUGGCAACCUGGUUUCUAGAACGAGGCAUCAAUUGUUGGCUCCAGUGAGCUUUCAUAUUUUGUGGGAAAUGCAUGACGUGCUAAUUGCCUACAGAACAAAAUGUAGGUGUUGUAGUUUACACUUGUGCUAAUUGCCCAAGUGAUUUUGUCUUUUGAACUAAUUGCACAAGUGAUUUGAUUGUGUUGUGUCAAUGAGAACUCUUUUCAGAGCCCUGUUUGUGAAAAAGGUUUUAAAAUGUUGAACCAUGCUGAAAAAAAGAACUGGAUGAAUCGAGGCCCCAUGCAUCCAAUAUUCCAAUACAUAUAUAUAUGUUAAAAUAAUACCAAAUUUGAACGCUACCUUGAGAUAUAACAAUGUUGUCUUUUGUUAGUGUAAGAUAAAUUAUGCAAAAUAUUACAUUCUACAGGAUUUCUAAGACAGCCAUUUAUGUAGUGAAAACCACCAAGUAAGGAAAACCAAGGAGUAUAACUUCCAAUAGUUGUGUAAAAAAAUGCCCUUAUUUUUUUGUAGUAAAUGGAGGUCAAAUUAGGCACAAAUAGUUUUUUCAAACUUUUGUUGCCCUCCAUCUUUUUGUCUGCUAAGUACAUUGAUAUUGGCAAUAUGACGUAGCAAAAAUGAUCUUGAUUAUUUUAUCUUUAUUCCAGGCAAUCACAUCUAUUCUUACUGCCAACUCAAUUCUUGACAACAGAACCAAGAGGGUAUUGUUGGCACCAAUUUUGCCCAUGAUUUAAACAUGAUUUUAAUAUGUUGUAUAUUAAUAUUUAGCUUGUAAUAUACUGUAUAGAGAUGACCGAAUGGAUGAAUAAAAUCAUUAACUAAAUAAAUAGCCAUAAUAAUAUACGGAUGGUGUGAAAUAAAUGUGCCCCUAAAUAUUCAUCGGCACGGAAUAAAAUGUGUGUCACUUGCGUGCCUUAUAAAAUGUGUAGCAAAAACCACUGCUUUAUCUUAACGUAUGUAGUUGGCUCGAUAAAUACUGAUAUUUAGUUGCCACGAUAUAUCCAUGAAUAAAAUAAAUAAUAUAAUAAAAAGGGCGUAUGUGAAAUAUAUAAAAUAUAUUUAGAUACGAUCAUCCAAUAAAUUAAAUCUUAGGCUUCGAAGGUAUAUCCAUGAAUAACGUUUAUCUAGCUGACCAAAAAUAAUUGUGCUCUAUUCACCAGUAAAAAAUAGCAAUUGCAAAAUACGCCUCCAAACAUCAAAGCCAUUGCCUCUUUCUUUAAUAGAUGCAACCCGUUCUGAUCAAUGACUUGGAGGCACUUCUUUCAUCAAGAUGAAAUCAUCGGGACAGUCUAUGAUAGAGAUUUGGCCUAUGGUACCAUACUUGCGUUCUCUAAUUGCAAGGAACACGUCCAUUUAGAUUAUCAUGCCGAAGGUCCCUCAUGAUUGAGGGGAAAAUCCGAAUGAAAGUUGUACACCAAUCAACUCAAGGAAGUGAGGCUUUUCCAUAACGGGAAUCGGUUGGGAGCUGAUAAGGAUUUGCUGGCCAUCGCCUCCCGGUCGGGAUGGCUCGCGUGGCAGAUCGGGGUCGUACAUCCGCUCGCCUGCUUGGCCGUAACGUGGUUGCCGCGUUGGCGUCACGCGUGCGCCAUGUGGUACACCCGUUCCCGACUGCAUGCGUCCAUCCGCCCGCCCAUGUGUGCCUCGCGUGCUCCAGUCGCCUUGUGUCACCGACGGGGUGGGCCCCGCUUGCCGACGCUGGCCUCCAAUCCGCUGACGUCAGCCUCAGGCUUUAAUGCGUAGUAAAUCAUUAAGGUUUUUUUUCUGUUUAUAUUAAAAACAUAGUAAAUCUUCUAAUAUUCAUAACUUAUUCAUCCAAGUUCCGUUUAAGUCCAUUCAAGUUGCAGUAAAUUGAUAAAAAUGCCUAGAAUCGAAUUAAAAUGGUCUUGUUUCCCUUUUCAGUAGUCUUAUAGCAUAUUUUACUUGUGUGGUUUGUUUGUCCCGUAGAUUCCAGCAAUUCCGACGUUCCAGUCUACUACGAAGUUGUUGCAAAGGUUCUUGUAGCACCAGAGCAAGGCAAGUCAUGCAUUCCUCAUUGAGCAUAUAGUUCCUACUUUGCAAAUAUCUUGCUUUCUAUUUGAAUUGCACUAUUUUAUAAUGUCAUGUGGGAUGGUUCAUAUGUACUCGACCAUAGCAUGCUGAGCCGCAGUAUAUCCUUCCCCAUGAUUAAAAGUUGAAGGUCUCUAGCACCCCUUGGAGUAGUAAUUUGGAGGCGAGGCUUGUAUUGCUUGUGUUGUGUCAAACGGCCACACAAAUUGCCAACCUUUGAGUGGAUUAACGUCAUAAUGUAUGUACCAUAGUAAAUGUCUUGCCCGAAGGUUCCUUUGGAGAUUGCUAUCUCUUACAUCAUGAGGUUGAUCCCAUCGAAUCUUCGUCCUUGCAUUAUGGCAUCAAUCACAUGCUAAGCCACUCCCCAAAUGUCAUUGUUUUUUCCAAAACGAGGGAGUAUAGUGGCCGUUACAAUCUGAUUGACCACACUCGUGAGGGUUCUCAAACCUGCCACUUUGCCAUAAGUGUGCCUCUCACCAUCCUCAUAAAACUGAGCUAGAUAAGCACGGUAAUUCUUCUAGGGUUUGCCGCGAACUGGUCCUUAAAUGCCAUGAUGUCUAGCGAACCAUGCGCCCACAGCCCACCAUUAGGCAUAUUUUAGUUGAAUUAGUACCAUGGUGGUACAUGUCCAAUGGCAUCUAAUUAAUCAAGAUCUAAGAUAUUAGUGUGAUUCCGCAAAGUGAUAGUUGAUCUAAGUAUGGCUAAGCAUCUCCUAAAUCAACAUCUAAUCAUAUUAGUUCCCAAGUUAUCAAUGACACAAGGUAGUCAAGCUAUGGCUAAGUACAUAAAAGCCAUCCCACAUGACAUUAUAAAAUAAUGCAAUUCAAAUAGAAGUGGGGUAUUUGCAAAGUAGGAACAAUAUGCUCAAUAAGAAACGCAUGACUUGCCUUGCUCUGGUGCUAUGAGAACCUUUGCAACAACUUUAUAGUCGACCGGAAUGGCCGAAAUCUACGCGACAAACAAAGCACACAAGCAAAACAAGCUAUAAGACUACUGAAAAAGGAAACAAGACCAUUUUAAUUAGAUUCUAGGCAUUUUUAUCAAUUUACUGCAACUUGAAUGAGCACGGAGCUCGAAUGAAUUAGUUAUGAAUAUUAGAAGAUUCACUUGGUUUUUAGUAUAAACAGAAAAACCUUAAUGAAUUUUUGCGCAUUAAAGCCUUAGGGCUAACACCAGUGAGGUGGAGGCUGGCGUCGGCUAGCGGGCCCCACCCGUUGGUGACACAAGGCGACUAGAGCAUGCAUAGCGCACAUGUGUGGAUGGAUGGAUGCAUGCUGUCGGGAACGGGUUCAUCACGUGUUGGCCACGCGGGCGGGCGGAUGGACUGCCCCGUGGCAUAUUACUCUAAAAGUGAACUUAUUUUGGGACAAAUAAAAUGAGAUAAAAAUAAACUUAUUAUGUGACGGAUGAAGUAAGACCUUGUAAAUCAAUGGCUUAGAUAAUUUAUGUUGCCAUCUUUACUGGUACACUAAUACUGCAAAAAUAUUUGUUUUGUGUAAUGAAAUUGUGAAGUAUAUUUUUCAAGGAUACUAGAGAUUCAGGUACCUAAUUUAUUGACGGUAGUAAUCAUCAUGUUGUUGGAGGAUCUUAUGAUUUUCUGAAGUUGGAUAAUUGGUUUUAUCAUUGAUAUAGUACGCUCAUAACAUCUCAAUUAUAGAAUUGUAUGAACUUAUAAAAAAAAUUCUUAGGAAUCAUACAAGUAAAGGAGAAUCAGUAGUUUCGGUUUGCUACAAGAAUUAAAAUGGCGACAGCCAAAAUUAUCUGCCUGAAUAUUUUGGUCUGUCACCUGCACAUCUUGGUACUCAAUUUUCAAUUUUAAUUAGGCAAAUUUUGCUGCAGGACAUCGCGAUUGUGUGUAUUUAGCUCAGGGACACCGUGAAAGUGAAGCUUUGGGGAAAGACAUCCCAUAAUCGUGGUUAUUUGCUGAUGGACACCGCGCCGUCUAGCGUAGACUUGCCGUGCUGACGUGGCUGACGGGAGGCUGUUUUUUGACGCGGUCGGACGUAAAUACCCAUGCGCCUUAUCUCCUCUUAUCCACUCGGUUUGGCUCCAUUCGCAAGCAGUACGGGUGGUAGAACCCUAGCUCUACCGAUUCAACCGAUACAGUGCCUAUUCCACCGAUUCUGUCGCCCUCGAUACUGGCUGUUCCCAGGCAUUGUCGCCGACGUGAUGCAAGUUUGACCGGCGGUGAUGGCUUCACUGUCGCAGGAGGCGGUGGAAUCUGCGCUGGCGGCAGCUCCGCCGAUGCCGAAAUGGAUUCCGAAAGGGUAAGUUUGGAUUCCUCUUCUCUUUGAUUCGUUUUUCUUCUCUUUGAUUCGAUUAGGAUGCAUGGUUUGGUCGAGCUGAUUUGGGAUCCCCUUUUUCUCUUCAUUUGCCAUCGCAUUGUAGGAUGGAUCCGAACUCUGCAUGCAGAGUUGUGGUUAGGGUUGUUGCUUACGUUGAGUAUAUGGAUAAUGGUAGCCAAGAUUAUCAUGUUUCAUCUUCACAUAAGUGGGUUGUAGAUAAAGACACCGUAUGCUGAUAGAUUUGAUGAAGGACUUGGAUGAUGAAAUCAUUCGUGGUAGUGCGCAAGAGCUUACAGUGACUUUCUGGGACAAGAGAGUGGGUAGGGAUGUAGAAAUUUGUUAUGAUGUUGUGUUAUUAGAGGCAUUUAACCAAUACUGGGAUGUUAGGAAGCUUCCAUUGCAAGUGACAGUGAGUGAGCCUUGUUCCCAAACUGUGUCUUGUGUGGAUGAAGCUGAAACAGUUGUUCCACUGAGUAUGGUUUUACCCACACAAGCAAGUCAGGCUGACAAUGUUCCUACUAGAGAUGCUCCCACAAAAAAGGUUCCCACCAAAAAAAAAGCAAGUCUAGGGACAAAGCUACUGAUCAAUCAAUGCCAAAUCCAAAUCCAUGGGGUGAGUUUGAUGAGGUUGAGUAUGUAGGAGUUAGUGAUGAGAGGGAGAAUUACAAUGAGCUGGUGUUAGAUGAUGAGGCUAAUGAUCUAGAUUACACUCCUGAGGAAUCUGAUGGUGAUGAAGAGAAUGAUGAUCCAGUAGAUGAUUUAGAAGUCAAUGAUAAUAGGGGUUGUGAGCUUCUAAUCCAUAUAACUGAUGUAGACAAUCCAAGGAUAGAAGUUGGUGUUACUUUUGAGGAUGGACUUUGUUUUAAGAAGUGUAUGAGACAAUAUGCUGUCCUGAAAGAGGUUGAACUUGCAGUUCCCUACUCUGAGGCCACAAGAUACAGAGCUUAUUGCAAGGCAAAGAAGUGCAAAUGGAGUAUCCAUGCUUCUAGGUUGUCAGAUGGUAGAACUUGGCAGAUAAAGAAGAUGCCAUAUGAGCAUAGGUGUGCUAGCACAGGCAAAUUGGAGAAUAAUUGCAUGGCCAACAAUUCUUGGGUUAAGGACAGGGUUAUCAACAAGGUUAGUGAAGAUCCAACCAUAGGGGUUGCUGCUCUCAAGAAGACUUUGGAGGAGAAGUAUUUAAUCACCCUGUCAUAUUAUGUAGUAUGGGAUGGUAGGCAGAUGGCUUUAGAUGAGAUACUUGGUGGCUGGGAGCAAAGCUGAGGUAGUGUAUAGUUUUAAAGCUGAGAUUGAGAAGAGAUCUCCUGGUAGUAUAGUGGAGAUAGAGUAUGAUGUGAUCAAUGAGAAGCAUAGGUUCAGUAGGAUGUUUGUUGCUUUGAAGCCUUGUAUAGAUGGAUUUUUGAAUGGGUGCAGGCCAUAUUUAGGCAUUGA